AUGUUCCGUCUCAUCCUCCUUGUGUUACUUUGUUGUGCCACCUCCAUCAGUGCAGGGAUGAUUAAGAAACGCUCUGCUUCCCAUUCUGGCGAGUAUGGGGGAAAUGGAGGAUCACACUUCUCACAUGCCAUGAACCAACUGGAUGGACCUAUAACUGCUCUUAGAAUUCGGGUCUCCUCAUCAUACAUUACAGGCCUCCAGGUCCGUUAUGGGCGAGACUGGAGUGAUUACGAGGGUGGCUCAAGGGGAGAAUUUCACGACAUCUUCCUGUAUCCCACAGAGUCCAUCACCCGUGUCUCUGGGAUGUCUGAUUCCUACCUUCGCAAACUCGAAUUCUAUACAAGCUUUAGGCGCCACAUUUCUGUUGGGGCUAAUGCAGGCACCACUUUUAGUGCAAUUCCACAGUUCCCAAAUUCUGUCUUGAGUUACCUUAGUGGCCGCUCUGAUUCUUCCUAUGUGUAUGCAAUCAAUUUCCACUGGAAUGUCAGACCCAAUGAAGAAAAUUAG